AUGGCGGAUUCAUCAAGUUCCGCGGGCUCGGGCCAGCCACAGUCCGCAGCCCCGAAUAGCGCGCCCAAACCGCAAAAUCCAGUUUUCAGGAUGAUGGGACUUCCCAAUAUUCGUCUUAAACUCCCCUCUCGGAAUUGGAUGAUCUUUCUCACCAUCACCGGAUCUUUCACCGCAGCUGUCAUCUACGACCGCAAAGAGAAGCGCCGUGCGCAAAAGAAGUGGUGCGAUCUAGUCGCGCAUUUGUCGAAAGAAUCGCUUCCAAUUGAAGAGACGAGACGGAAAUUGACGGUCUUCCUAGCCGCUCCUCCAGGUGACGGGCUCCGGUCCGCCCGCGAACACUUCAAGGAAUACGUUAAGCCGAUUCUUGUGGCGGCGGCCCUGGAUUACAACGUUAUUGAGGGACGGAGAGAAGGCGAUGUUAGAGCUGCGUUCGCGGAGCAAAUCCGCAAGGAAAGACGCCGGGCUGGCGAGCCCAGUACCGUUGUCGAGGAGUCAACACCCGAGGAAAUCGUAUACCAAGCGAGGAAGAGCAUUGGAGUGAGAGAUGAGCCUGGGCCAAAGGGCGACCUGGUUAUUGGACGUCACACCUGGAAGGAGUAUAUUCGUGGUUUGCACGAGGGUUGGCUUGGCCCGGUUGAUCCUCCAGCGGCACCAGCUGAGGAACCUGCUCUGAAUGAGGUUCCUGAAGUGCCUUCUCAAGAAGCUGCGGACGCACCAUUUGCGCCGGAACAAGUGGAAGAGAAGAAAGAGGAGGAAAAGAAACCCGCUAAACCCACAGGGCCUCCCCCGGCCUAUAUCUUCCCCGUCGACUACUCUUCGCAGCCUCUCCCACCAACCAUCCCUCAAAGCCUCGACGGCUCCAACCCCAUCGAAUUUCCACACAUCCUCGGCUUCUUGAACACACCCAUCAGGCUCUACAGAUACCUCAACCAGCGACGUGUUGCCGAGUCCGUUGGUCGAGAUGUCGCAGCUCUAGUCCUUGCUUCCUAUUCCCGCCCAUACAACGAUGGUGCAUCCUUCGGCUCCGAUCCAGACUUCAACUCCGUCGGACCCAAUGCCAUCCCAGUCCCGCUUUCUCCAGAUAGCUCACUCGACGGUACAUCACCAGUGGGUAACUAUGAACAGCAAUCUCAACUCGAGAUUGAAGAAAAGGACUGGCACAAGAUAGUCCACAAGAAGGACGAGGCGAAUCCGGACAAGGAGCGAGAAUGGGUAGACGACAUCGUAUUGGACCAUCGCAUUGCCAGCCGCAUGCAGCGUUACGUCCUGUCUCCCGAGGAUGAGGCCCGCGCACAGCACAUUGACCAAGGUAUUGAAUACAUCAUCGGUGAAGAGCGACCGCCGCACAUUCCCUUUUGGCAGCGAAUGUGGAUCAAAUAUGGUUACGGGGAAGAUCCAGAGGUUACCAAGAGGAAACCCAUCCUUGGGAACUUUGACGGUGAGGACGGCGCCUAG